GAGGAGAUUGCAGAGGUGCGCCACGGCUAGGGAAAUGAUUUGGGGCUUUCGUUCGCUCGACGCACACGCACCGUCAGCUGGUAGGUGGCGUUAGGUGUCAUUCGCGACUAAGGCCACCAAAACAUGACUUUUUCAUGACUUUCCGGCGCAAUUUUCUCACCAAUAAGCGAUGUUAGAAAUGUGUCCAUUAGAGGCGUAUUAUGGCUCAAUGUCGUUCUAACACAAAGUUGAAGGAUUCCUUGCGGCUGAGAAGCGGAACUAGCUCUGUAAAGAACGACAGUGGCUGUGACCCUAGCCCUGAGGAGCCGCUGGCUGACAUCACCUUGCCGGAGUCAGACGGAGAGGAACACAAGUCCUGGGCCACUUCUUCGAUCACUCUCCGGUCUAAAUCCAGAGCUGACAGCCAGUCUGUACCUGAUGUCGGAAGUACGGGAUCGUCUCCCACCACACAUUCCAUCAUGAAAACUAAACAGGUUAAAGAUGAGCUGGACAAGAGCAUCGAUGAGGAAACUACUAUAGAACCUAAGACCCGACAGGCCAAGAAGAAGGCCUCUGAUAUCAGCGAAGAGAACAAAGCCAGCCAAGAUGAACCCAAGACAUCCAAAGAACCUAAGAAAAACUUAAAACCCAAAGCUGUUGUCAAGAAACGACCGCUGGGGAUCCGGAAAGCCUUGAGAAGCAAAAAAGUUAUCACUACAGCUAAAAGUAAACUUAAGAAUGUUAUAAAGCAGACCGCCACUAGGGGCAGAAAGCCUGUGGUGAAAACUGAACCUGAUAAUUCUCAAGACAAGGAAAUUGUUCCACUGAUACCUGUUGCUGAAAUUAAGAAGGAACCGGUUGACGAAACCACUCCUAACUCUAGGUCCUCAAGUCCUAAGACAGCUGGCAGGAAACAAAGACUUACAUCAGACAAAAUCAUGCUCAAGUCAGUUCUUGCAGAGUCACCCACAAGCCUCUUGGGGUCUCGGACCAGCCCCUACUCAAUGCGCUCUGAGCGCAGCAACAGCCCAUCCUUGGUUGAAAAUAAAAAUGUUAGAAGGGGAAAGCCAAGAAAUGUAAAAAGCAAACUCUUAAAUGAGGUUGUUAUGAAAGAACAGAAUAAGCGACGCAGGCUACUUUCUGAUUCAAAGACUAGCGAUACCACAGAUGCCUCCGAAGACUGUAAGAAACUGAAGCGAGGCCGCUCCUGCUCUCGGGAGGGCAGUGAGAUCUCCAAGUGCUCUGACAUCACCGAGUCGGAUGUCAGUCUCUCUGAGACUCUCACAGACGGUGAUGGCAAGGAGCUCAAUAAAAAAUUAGAAAAGCCUAAGACUGAACUAGAUUUAGAUUUUGAAAAUAAUGUACAGAUCUCUAUUACAGAAAAAGUGCCUUCUCUCAUUGAUCCUAAAUUAACAGAUCCCGUAACGGAACCUAGCCGUAACACUAAUGAAAAGAGCAAGAAAAACACGAGCUUAAAAAGAAGUACUUCAUUAGACUCCGACAACAAUAAUAGUAAUAGGCUAAAGUUAGAAAAUUUAAAUUCAUCAGAAGACAAGAAAGGGAAGACUGAUAAAGACACGCUUCUGGACGCCCGUAGUAGUAUACUCAGUAGUAUGUCCAAGACUUUUAACACUAAGGAGGUAGCAAAGAAUUUGAGGAAAGCUAGACGAGGACGAAAGGUGGCAGCGGCGGCUCGCCCGCGCGUCGGCCUCCCGCCGGCCUCGCGCCGCGCCUCGGCCGGCCAGGCCGACGACGCCGACAAGGCCGAGACCCUCGAGACCCUGUCCAAGGAAAUCGACGAUCUCAUUAACAAUUUGGACCAAAACAUAGAUCGCGACCACGAGAUGGCCGGUGAGACCGCAGAUGAGGUGCAGACCAAAUCUGUCUCCAAGUUUUAUGGCCUGUCUAAGCCACUCGGAGACAACAAUAGCAUCAUCACACCGGAGACGCCCGUCAAAGACAAAGAGACUCCUUCCGUUACGACUGACAGCACGCCGUCUAAGACUGAUGACAGUGAAAAUAUAAGACUACAUUAUGAAGAAGACUCCCUGGAAAAGGCGACGGAUGCUAACAAACCAGAAAUCAGCUAUAAAGUCAGCUCGGUUGCGAGCAUAGAUAAACUCAUGGACCGAUUGAAAGUUUUUGAAGAAUUUGACAAGAAAAGACAGAGACAGGAGUCUGAAGUUAGAUCGACUGACAGCAAAACGGUUAUGGUUACUAAUGACGUCGUUUUAAUAAACAAAUCUGGAGCAGACAUAAAGCAACUAAAAGACGUGCAAACCGUAAGAUCUCCUGAAAGACCUAUAGAAAAGGAAAAUGUGCUGAGCUGUUUUGAAAACAACUCUGCUAUAUCCAUAGUAAAAAGAGACCAAGUUAGAAAAUCUAUUGAUAUUGACUUACCUAACUCCGUAACUUUAAUCAAGAGGAAUAGUUUUAGUUCAAGGAAAGAAUCUACAAGCUCUAAUCAUUCAAAGGAAUCUGAUGCUAUCAGCAUUUUUGAGAAAUCACUGGGCAAAGAUGUGACGUUGACUGAAAUCAGGAAAUCUGUGGACAAAUCGGCCCCUACUACACAGGUGGAUCUGCACCAGUUUGCCACCCUACAUCCUAACAACCCCACGGCUGGGCUUAAGGGGGUUGUUUUGGAUACGAGUCAGAUAUCAAUAACACCUCGCGUCGUGGACUCGAGUCUGCGUAGAUCGAGAGAAUCUCUAUCUCGCAAAACCUCUGAAUCAGCUAUAGAGCCAGAAGAAAAGAUGGCAGUUCUAGAGAAAAUAAGGUCGCCUCCUCCUCAGAUAAAAUCGCCACCGCCAACCCCGAUAGCAGUGGCACCGCCGGCGAUCUUAGUGGCCCCGGCGGCGAUCGUAGUAGCACCGACGGCAAUUGCAGUAGCACCGGCACCUGUAGCCGUCAAGUCCGCCGAAGUGAAGCCUAUGGAGACUGAAGCCCUCGCGCCUCCUCUAGAAAACAUCAAAGUUGUUCCUGAAGACAUAUCUUUGGCCACUGAAAUCCCGAAAGUUGUUAGUAUUGUACCUGAGAAACUCGCGGAGAUUACUCCUAUCGUGCAGCCUGAGGCCUUAAAACCAGAGCCUGAAAAGCCUGAACCGAUGGCUGAGGAGAUCCCCAAGGUCGAGAAAGUAGAAGAGAAAAUGGAAAUUCCCGAGGAAACGAAACAAGAAAAAAUUGAAGUCCCUGAGGAAAUUAAACAAACGGAAACUAAAUCAGAGACGCCUGUCGAAACUAAACCACCAGAAAAUAAGCUAUCUGAAUCCGCCGAACUGGCUAAACCUGGCAAGAGUCCAGGAAAAGCCGGUAAAUCUGCGCGUAACUCCACGGAGAGCCAGCCGGGCCCCAGCACGAUGUUGCACGAGACGCCCGAAAGCCAAAAGCGUAAAGAAAAUGUACUUAGAACUCUCGGUUUAUUGACUCACAAAGCCGCUAAGGAGGCCAAGAUAGAGAAGCUAAAAGAAAAACAGCGUAUCGCUAAUAUGAAUAUGAUAAAGAAGUCUAAACAGGGUUCCGGGGAUUAUACAGGGACGUUGAAGACCGUUAUAAAGCUGAAUAGGGGCGGGGCGGAUAGAGAUAAGAAGAAGUACAGGAGUUCGUUGAAGAUGACGUUCCAGAAGAGCAAGAACCGAGCUGGCAAGCCGGCGCCGGAGCUGGGCGACGCGGCCGCCGAGGAUGAUGCCUACUACACCAUCGAACGGAAAGAGGCGUACGCGGCAGCCGGAUCAGAGGGUGGGCACAGAAAGUCUUACAGUAACCGCCUUAACAAUCACGUGGAAGCUGAAGCAGCCCCAGAGCCCGAGCCCAAAGAGACCCUCAACCUGGUGAUCCCGGAGAAGGCCUCCUCCUUCAGCAUCCACCCGGGCCGCUUGUGCCAGGACCAGUGCUUCUACUGCGGGGGCAAGUUUGGGCUGUUCGACACUCCUUGCCACAUCGCACAGAUGAAGAGUACUGAGCGACAGAAGAAAGUUUUGGACAACGAGGAGCGCCUGACCAUAGACAGCUGUCUGUGCGACGCUUGCUACCGUCAUGUCGACAGGCGCGCCAACUGUCCCUCGUACCGCAAGCGAGCCCCGAAGCCGCCGGGACAGCUUCCACAACCACAACAACCAGAGAAACCGCCGAGUCCGUCAGUGGAGCCGUCAGAGUCGGACUCGGACGCGGCGCUGGGCGCGCGCUGCCACGCCGACGGCUGCGGCGCCGCCGCCGCGCGCUCCAUCCGCCGCAAGUGGCUCAUCAAGAUGAGAGCGCCCGUCAGCAAGCUGCUAAAGCUCCAGAGCGACUACCCGGGGCUGCACACACUGGGGCUGUGCGCGGCGCACCACGCGCUGCUGGCGCCGCUGCUCGCCUGCGCGCUGUGCCGCCGCCGGCUCACCAAGCACCAGCACGUGCACAUCCUGCACCAGGGUCACACCGAAAUCAACCCUCUGCUGGCGGCGGCUGGCAUCCCCGUCGAGUUGGCAGACAAGCCGGUGUUAUGCAAGUUAUGCCGCUACUACACGACCCUGCUGCGUCGGCCAGACGACAACCCGGCGCACGCGCGACAGUACCGCCGCAGGCUUCUCCAAGUGCACAACAUUGAAGUGCCACCAGAAUCGGAACACGAAGGCGAAGAGCCGCAACUGGCACUCGAGGGGCGCAAGAAGCCGCGCUCCAAGAACAAGCGCAAGCCCUCCGACCCCGACCAGCCUCACAGCGACUCGCCCGACAGAACAGCCAGCCCCGACAAGGACAACACACCCAAGCCACAACCUGACGAGGAAGACAUCGAGAGCCUCAUCUCAUCCAACAAAAUACUUGUCCCUAACGCUAAACCCUCCGAACCAACACAAAGUGAUGGUUCCGACCCGGAUGCCUUUGACAACGACCCUGUACUCGACAAACAGACCGAACUACAAAUCUUACUUCAGAAACAGAACAACCCCGCACAGUUCAUGAACCAACCUAAUCUAACACAGAAGCAAAGAAAUAUACUUAAAGUUCACCAUCUCUCCGGAAUACAGAAACCUGGUCUACAGCAGAGGAUAAAUGACAAAAACGCGCGACGACUACACAAGCUCGGACAGAUGAUUGUAAAACAGGACAAAAAGAAAGACGAUGAAGUAUUCGAUCCGGAAAAAUCUAAAGAUGUUACUAUGAAAAAUUUGUCUAUAAAUGAGGAGUGCACCAUUGAGAGCAUAUCAAAUAAAAAGCCGGCCGAUAUAAACACUUUGAAAAACAAAUGGCAACAGUCUGAAAGCUUUACACAAGUUAAGAAGAAUCUUAGUGAAUUAUCGAAGAAGCUGACGGUUGAAAAAGAUCCUAAACAGAAGUCUGAGGUGAAAUACUUAAUCCGGUUAAAAGGCUUGAAACGAAUCCGUCUAUUUCAGUCCGUGAAUUAUUCCCAGGCGAAGAGGAAAUGAAUCUACAGUGCAAC